GAGCUGUGCUCUCAGUCUCUACCUAUAGGCGCAUUCCGAGCAAUAAAAACUUCCCGAGGGGCUGCAGUAAAGGAGGCGGUGUAGAAACAAUGAGAAAGUAGCUGAAUUGGGCAAAAACUGAAAUUAAUUUGAGACAAACACCAAACUUGGAUCCGUGAACUUUAAACAACGGAAUAUUGUAUUAUUUUCCAUGUAUCCCAGUCUCCAGAGGUCUGAUUGUGAAGCCGCAUGUUACUUUCUGCUGUGGUUCUUCCCUUCCCUUCUGGCUCGUGUCGUGUAGCGUCAGAACAGUAGAGAUCCGCCAACAUCAGGAAGUUAAAGACUGAUCAGUGAACUGCCCGUUAAUUCACCAAUGUUAUGAUUUGUUAAUUCUGUGUUAGUACAUGGACACUUUCCAGAUGGUUCAAGAAGUUGCAGUUCGAAGAGAUAUGGGGCUGAUUUAGUUGUGAUGAUAACACCAAUGGCUCUUCACUGACGUGCUGCUUGACCUCAACAGAGAAGAAAGCGUUUUCUCUCAAGUGCCGGCAUCAAGGUUCUGCAGAAUGUGUCACGUCAUAGUCACAUGCCGCUCUAUGUUAUGGACCUUGAUGAGCAUUGUGGUGGCAUUUGCCGAGCUGGUGGCAUUUAUGAGCGCUGAAUGGCUUGUGGGAAAUCCAGAUGGUUCUGAAUUCAACUUCACCAUCACCGCUUCCCAACGCAGCGACCAGCGCACCCUGGGUAUUUAUAACCGCUGCAUCAAGAUGGCACAGCAGAAGGUGGUCCAGUGUGGGCCGUACGCCACAGACUUUAUGGAAAUAGCCAGUGGCUUCUGGCAGGCAACUGUUAUAUUUCUAGUCAUCGGAAUCUUUCUCCUGUCUGUUGUGGGCAUCCUUUCGGUUUUCAGCAUGUGCUUCCAGAGUAUCUUGAAGAAGAGCAUAUUCAAUGUGUGUGGCCUGCUUCAGGGAAUAGCAGGUCUAUUCCUCAUUCUAGGUCUGAUGCUCUAUCCUGCAGGCUGGGGCUCUAAGAAGGUGGUUGACUACUGUGGCCAGGAUGCGUCGCCAUACAAAGUGGGCUUGUGUUCUCUGGGCUGGGCCUUCUACACAGCCAUAGGAGGCACUGUUCUCACUUUUCUCUGUGCCAUGUUUUCAGCCCAGGCUGAGAUUGCCACCUCCAACGACAAGGUGCAGGAUGAGAUUGAAGAGGGACGCAGUCUCAUUUGUGUGCUGUGAGCCCAAACACCACAAAUGAAAGAGAAACAUCUGUUUUCCAUGUUUUCUGCUUUAAAUGACUGUUGCAUAAAUGGGAAUGUAGUUCAGACCCUUCUGUCGGUCUCCUGAACAAAGACUUUACAAAUGUAUUUGCUUUUGCUUUCUUACUCUUAUCCCAACCUAUCGCUAUAUCGCCAUUGCAAAAUAUACAAAUCGUUAACUUAAUUAUUCCUAGGGAAAAUAACUAAACUAAAACUUUUUAAACUAACAAAUGCCUUUUUUAACAUUGUGUUUAAGCAAAUGCAUUUUAUCAGUAUUUUGAUUGUUACUCAAUUUUACAUGGGAAUUUAUUUUUUAUUUUUUAUAAUGGAUGGAACAAUGCUGUAAGCAAUUUUGUUUAUGGAAUGACAUACUGAAAAUAAUUGUAGUCUCUUAAAGAUAUCUGAAAUAAUAACUGCCCUGUAUCUGUGAUCUCUUUAAACUGUAAAAUAAAAAUGGAUUCUUUGUUUAGCCAAUCAGAA